UGACAGUCCGCCUUGUUUCCGAAAUUGCAUUAUUGGCCUGUUUGUUUCAUCUAGAUACAAUGGACCUUUCGAACAUUCCUGAAAAACGUGUCCUUUCCAAGCAAACACCGUUUAUAAAACCAUGUAUUCUUACUUAUGGUUAUUAUCUAUGGAUGAAUAUUUUAGGGAUUCCAUUAAGGUUACGCGAUUCAGAGUUAAUUUCAAACCAGUAUAAGAAGAAACCCAAAAUCCUUGAACUAAUCAAGCGCUUCUGGACUGUUGCUGUAUUUGCCGGCGCUGCGUUGUACCUUGCAAUAGAUUUCAGCCAAUAUUUUGUUCAGCAUUAUUCUGCAAAAUUGUAUGCUGUUGAUUUUUUUGCUUUAAUUGUUUUGUUAUUUCGAUGGUGGUCAGUUAUAUUGCCGUUAUUCGUCAUUCUGGAUUUAUGGAUUACCAGUAAAAAUGUCAAGAUAAGCGCUCUAGUGCUGGCUAUAGCAGAGCGUGUGCUUAUUUCCCAAACAUCUUUAUUCCAAGGUUGGAAGUUCAUUUUGGUGGUUUUUGUUCUAAACCUCUCCUUAAUAAGCUUCUGCACCGCUGGAUAUAUGUGGACUUUUAGCAACACAAAUGAUACAUAUUUUGGGAAUAAUUACACUUGGUUCAGCCAUGUUCCCGUUGUGAUAUACGGAAGACUACGAAUACCGCAGUGGAUAUUUAUGCUAGCCUCCUUUUCCGGAUUAUUCUACAGCACAAUGGCUGUAUUGGCUGUCGAGAUAUUUAUUGUUUCUUUGAGUGGUGCCAUCGGUGGGGGUUUCAAGAAUGUCCAGAUUGGCUUAAAAUCUCUGGUGAUGUCUUCGACGUCGAAAAAUGCGCCACGAAAUGUGGCCGUAACCCUGCGAAGGCUUAACUUGGAGCAUUUUCAGUGGUGCGAAAUGCUGGAACAGUUCAACUACGUGUUUUCGUCAUUCAUAUUCUUGUUGAUGGUGCGUGACCUUAUGGGAUUUCUGGCCGGUGUUGCCAUUGCCUUUCGGUUCCCUUUGCAACGUGAUAGUAGUGAUGUUGAAGUGGUUGACAUUGAACACAUGCUAAAAAUUAUCCAUAAUCUUGCAUGGGGUUGGUUCGGCGCUUGUAUAAUCAGCAUAAUGCUGCGAAUUACCACCUUUAUAUGGAUAAAUGACCAGGCAAUUUCUUCGAUAAAAACUCUGCGAUCGAUAUCGUGUGCGCUUGAAGAUCGGGGCAUUCGCCAGGAGUGCAGCGAUUUUGUACAGCGCAUCCGACGGUCGGUCACAGCGGUUUCCGUCUAUCACACCAUCCCAACAAAUCGCAGUUAUGUUACAGCGGUUUGUGGAGCGAUGGUUACAUAUUUAAUUGUAAUUUAUCAAGUUCGUGACCAGAAACAGGACGUGGACGACGUUGUAGACAGCCGUAAUGCAAAAGAAUGGAUGGAGCACAUCAUAAAAAUGCUUUGAAUUAAAUAUCAACUUUGGGCAUUCUAUCUGACUAUCGGAUGCAAGGAAAUUAGGACUUAUUUUCGCAGAUUCCGGAUACGUUAUGAGUUUAUUUGUCAAUUUUAAAAAAAUUGACAAACAUCAAUUUAAGCCAUACAGUUACCAUUAAUUCUUGUCAUUAAUACUGGUAUAACUAAUGUCUUUUUUCAAGUUACAAUUAACAGCUUUUUUGUGAUUAACGCCUGCUUACGUAUACCAAAUUUGAACAUAAUUCACGCAAAAUUAAAUAGUAACAACAUUGCCGGAAAGAAAAUUUUUCGUUUAGAUCAUUUGCCAUGCAGUUUUUCUGUGAUUAACAAUUGUGACUAUUAUAAUUACAGAACUAUAGAUACCUACUAGAAUGCAUAUAUUUGUUCAUGUCUGCUCUUGUUUACAAAUUUUAAUAAGUGAAUACGCGGAUUAUUUUGCAGUAAGCACGAGAAAAUAAUGACAAAACAGUAAGUAAAUGCUACGAGUCAAGCGGGUUGAACACCUGCUGUUAAACCUUCCCAGUGUGCAUGAAAUGUAAUUACGAGUGUCAAGUUCUAGCACAGUCCACGGAAACGUGUCCGGUACGAUUGGAUUUGGGGCGACAGGUUCUUUUGCACUGGCAGGAUCAAAGGUUACAUGGGAGUUUUCGGGCGUUUGCUGAUCCAUUCUUUAACACCUUGCAGAUUAUUGAUUCGCUGCUCGUGAGCUUUCAAGAGCUCGUAGCCGUUGAGGGCAUUGGGUUCCACCACUUGCAGUUGUCCCAUUCCAUGGGCAAUAACGAAAUCUGGAGCAGCGCAUUCUCAAUAUAACAUACUAUGAUAUUUAUAUAAAGAUGAAUUAUGUGCUCUUUCAUUUUUGCGUACGCCAGUUUGUAUAAUGCCAGUGCUGUUAUUAUAAUGUAAUAUUUAUCUUUGUACAUGGUACGCAUUUUUUAAGAGUAGUUGGUCAGAGUUUUCCGUACGCAUAAUGCAUGUGAAUACAAAGCAAAUUAAACUGAUCGCCGCAGAACGCUGUGUAAGUGUUCUUACCUGCCCAUGUGGGUCCACUGCCAACAAAAAACUGUCCGCCAUUGCUUUUUAAAUGCUGUUCGUAAGUCUUAAGAAAUCCCGGCAGAGUUUCAUUGAAGUAUUUCUCUUUCAUUGCCUUUUUGCGGGUUUCAUCUUGCUCAAAAAAC